UCUCUUAAAGUACAUUUGAAGGCAAAGACCGAUGCAUUGUUCACGCCACUUUCUCUUGUUGCUUCUCAUAGCAGCUCUUCCUUUUCCACUGGAGGGGAACAGCCAUUGCUUUGAUCAUCAGAUAGGCAAAUAUCAUGCAAACUCUGAGUUUGUCUCCAAGACUUGCUCCCAGAGCUGUACUGUUAUGCCUUUUUUCUCUCCCGACAAUGCUUUAGAGGCUCACUUAAAUCUGUUUGAAGAAGCACAAGAAAGCAUCACAAUUGUAAAUCCAACCUUUGAGAGUUGGGAUCCAACUUGUAGCCACAAUCACAACCAAUGUACUAAGUGCUGCACCGGCUGUGAUAUCUCUUACUACAGGACUGGUGAAGGGUUUCCGGUCUUUGCAGCUCUUCUCAAUGCCAUCAACUUGAGAAACGUGAGCAUUAGGAUCCUCACUAAUAAUUACUCUUCUACCACUUGGCCUGAGAAAGCAACAAUGCUAGACUGGCUUGCUGUGAAUAAUAUAUCAGUAAGAAUGUACAAGACGACAUAUUUCCUUCAUGCAAAGUAUGCCUUCAUUGACGGGGGAAAGAAAACUCUCAUCUCGUCAGUGAAUUACAGUAAAACGUCAUUCAUGAAGAAUAGGGAGUCAGGAGUGAUCAUAUCUCAAUGCAGUGACUGUGAAACAUUGAAAUUAUAUCAGACGGUGUUUGAAAGUGACUGGGAAAUAGCCGAUCCUUAUGUUUUUGAUAAUCAAUACACUGACGACCAGUUAAAGAGCAUGAGAGAUCCAGCGUUUUACCCUUAUCCCAUUGUGAAGCCACCAGGUGAACGUGUUCCAGAUAUCCAAACAACGAUGGCUUUACAAGACUUCAAUGAUGUACAAAUCUCUGGAUAUGUGGCACCAGACAAUGCGAGGAAAACCUUUAUGGGAUCAUUGCAAAACAUCCAAUCGAAACUAAUUGUCCAUAUCUAUGCUAUUACUAGUGCUAAGAUAUGCAAAGAAAUUGUCGAUUUGAAGAAUACAAAUGGAAUUAAUGUGACUCUGCUGGUGAGCUGGAACACUGCUGGAGCAGUCAAAAAAUACACAGAACAUUGCUAUAGGAAUCUAACGAAUAACGGGAUUACCAUACGCAAGUCAAGUCACAGUUUUUUAUUCUCUCAUCAAAAGUACUGGAUAAUUGAUGACAAAGAAGUCCACUUGAGCACAGGUAAUUGGGCAGAGUCAGAUUUCCCCAUAGGCAAGGAAUGGCCACCAUCCAAGGCUGCCAACCGUGACAUGCUGGUAAUAAUGCAAAAUCCUUCACUUGUUAAAUUUUAUGGAGACGUUUUCGAGCAUGACUUCAAAUUGGGAAAUGAUAUACCGGGCGGACAAUGAGUUAUUACCUGAGUGUACAUUAACUAUUUUUAUGCUGCUUUACUAAUAAUAAUUACUAGAAACUUUUAGAUACAAACAA